CGGGCUGUCUUUCGUCCUUUUUGGCCGCUCAACGCAGACGUACCGUAACACCACGAAUAGAUGAAUGAUGGCGGCGCAGACGGACCGCGGUGUCCCGCUCAGUACACUUUGUCCCAAGUAUCUUCAUACAAAUUCCACCAGCCACACCUGGCCCUUCAGCGCCAUAGCUGAGCUCAUAGACAAUGCCUACGAUCCAGAUGUCAGUGCCAAACAUUUCUGGAUUGAUAAAACUGUGGUCAAAAAACAAGAAUGCCUCAGCUUUAUGGAUAAUGGAAAUGGACUGGACAAUGAAACGAUGCAUAAGAUGCUCAGCUUUGGGUACAGUGACAAGACUACUAUAAAGGGUGUAAAGCCAAUUGGUAUGUAUGGCAACGGUUUCAAGUCUGGAUCCAUGUGUCUCGGCAGAGACGCCAUCGUAUUUUCAAAGUCAAAGAGUGUGUCAUGCGUUGGGAUGCUCUCUCAGACCUACCUGGAAAAGAUUGGUGCGAACCAAAUAAGUGUACCUAUUGUCUGCUUUAAACGUACACAAAACGAGUUCGGUGUAAGAGAGGAGCAGAAAGCCAGUCUGCAGGACAUCCUGCUCUAUUCCCCUUUCAAGACACAGGAAGAACUGCUCCGUGAGAUCGAGUCCAUCAGUUCCCACGGGUCCACAACCGGCACACGGAUCAUCAUCUGGAAUCUACGCAGUACAUCUACGAGAAAAACUGAGUUUGAUUUUGAGACGGACCGUUACGAUAUCCGAAUACCAUCGGAUGUGUACGAGACGAUGAAGGACACUUCUCAACAACCAGACAGGGUCACGUCACACAACCCUGAGAGUUUUUACUCACUGCGAGCAUAUUGCAGUAUUCUCUACUUGAAGCCUCGGAUGCAGAUCAUCAUACGUGGUAAUAAUGUGAAAUCUCAACUCAUUGCUAAGAGUCUGGCCUUUGUCAGGAAGGACCACUACAAGCCCACUUUCCUGAUGUCCAAACGCAUUCCUAUCACUUUUGGCUAUAACACCAAAAGUAAAGACCAGUAUGGCAUCAUGAUGUAUCACAAGAAUCGUCUCAUCAAAGCCUACGAGCAUGUUGGCUGCCAGCUCAAGGCCAACAACAAAGGUGUUGGCGUCAUUGGGGUCAUAGAGUGUUACUUUCUGGAGCCUACACACAACAAACAGAGCUUUAUGGAGACGGAUAAGUACAGGAAAACUAUGACCAAUUUGGGGACCAAACUGGAGGAUUACUGGAAUGAAAUUAAAUUUAAGAGAAAGAAAGAGAAUCCAAACAGCACCAUACCAGUGGAAGAUAUCAAGAAGCGACCAGAUCAAAACUGGGUGCAGUGUGAAGAGUGUUUGCGCUGGCGCAAACUCCCUGAUGGGAUCGACUGCACCAAGCUGCCAGAGAAAUGGUUCUGCCAUUUGAACCCUGAUCCUCAGUUCAGGAGCUGCCAGGUAGAGCAGGAGUCUGUGGACUCUGAUGACGAGCAACCUUCAUACAUCAAGACCUACAAACUACAACAGAGAGAAGAAAAAAACAUUCAAGAGGAAAGACAAAAGGUUGAGGAGACUCGAAUGCAACAGGAAGUGCAGCGUUUGGCUAAUCUCAGCAAGAAGAAACAGGCCAAAGGACCGCUGCAGAGUGUCGCUUCCCCCUCCACCCCCACUACCCCAAGGAGUAGGUUUAACACCGUGUCACCACGAGGGGGUGCUGCGAGGGCUGCAUCCUCUCCACUGAGGACCUCCACGCUUUCACAAGCUGCUUGCAGCCCAUCCAGUAGCGAUGCUCUUCCAAUUAUUUACAGUGUGUGCUCACUGUCAGAAGGCCCCCUGAGGGGGAAAAGAACACGGCCUGCUUCUCCACAAGUAACGCCCAAAAGACCUAAAGUUAAUGGCUUCCAACGGGGCAAAUUAGAUACAUCCAAUUUAAUAGACGUGCGCCCACUGAGCUCCCCAUCAGUGCUCGAUGACAAUAAAGAAGAUGAUACUGAUGAUGACAUUUUCAUUAUGGAGAUUGUCAGUAGCCCCAAGCCAAAGACGUCACGCUUUGACCCGACUAAAGUGAAGACAGAAGGAGAGCAAAGUGAUGCUAACGUCGGCAUGCAGUUGGAGUGCAGCGAUGAUGCUGCUGUUGAUGACGCCUCAGAGAUGAAUGUUGGAGGGACGGGCUCCGGAGCUGUGGGAGCCAGUCGCUCCCGAGCACGCCCUUCAGAGGUGACCACCAGCACCACCCAGACAGAAGUAAGCAAAGUAAAGAAUGAAGAGGAGGACCACAUUCAAAAUGAAGGGGAGGAGCGAGCAGGGCAGAGUACAUCUAAUCAGAGUGGUAGAGCACAGACUACAGAUGUGGCCGUCAGCGUCUGCAAUGUUGAGCAAAGUGUAAAUAAGUCAGAGAGCAGUGGAGCGGCUCACCGUGAGAAUCAAGGAAAGCAGACCUUGCAGAACGGAGUGACACGUCAUCUGGAUAGUGACGAAGACGCGGGACCUUCCUGUGUUGGUAAUGACCCUCCACUUUACUAUCCCGGUGUGAUUGAGGCACAGGAACAGCAGGACCAGCUUCUAGAGCUUAUGAAGGAUACCGCUCAGGAGAGAGACUCCUUUAAAGAGCAGGUCCGUAGCCUUACCUGCCAACUGCAAGACCUGCAGAGCAGACUGCAGGAGCUGUCUCCGAUCAAAGUGAAGAAGGAGGGUUCUGACCAGGCCAGCCAGACGGAGGAAACUGAGGGCGGGAAGGAUUACAAAGAUUUGUUUGAGAAGGCCAAACAGAAAGUGGAUGAACUUAUUAAGGACAAAGAGGUUUCCUUGGCUGCCGCUGAGAACAAACCCAGUACUUCCCAAUGUAAGGAAAAGGAAAUGGAUGAGAUCGCAUUGCAAGUUGACUAUCUGAUGCGGGAACUGGAUCAAAGAAACAAUGAGCGUGAUGAACUGCAGUCACAGUUGACCAGUCUGGAGGAGGAAAAGGCAAACCUGGCAUCCCAGUGUGAUGAGCUCCGGUUGAGCCAGCAGCAGCAGAGGGAAAACGCACAAGAGAGAAGCACAACUCCACACGGAGCCACUGGUUCUACUGAAGGCGAUCCACAGGAGGAAGGAGCGACAGCGAGCUCAAGCACAGAUUCAAGCUCGGAUACAUCCAAAUGUUUGAUUGAGCUGAGGCACAACAUCGGGCGCCUUCUCCUCUCCUACGUGCCUGCUUUGGACCUGGACCAAGUGAAUUAUGAGUGUAAUGUAAUUGAUGAGAUCCUGGACCAGGUUCUCUCCAACGGGGAGUUCGUCGCACCGGUGGAGCUGAGAGACGGAGCAACAAAUGAAUAAACCGAUCAUCAGAUCCUGGAAUUAAGAGCCACACUCCCACCUGUAAAUCAUGAAUACAGAUUCCUGGGAAAUUAAGUCGUAGAUAACUUUAAAUAUAUAUACAUGUGUACAGUUGUUAUUGCAAUACAGUAAAUGUAACAAUAUAAGCUGCUUAGCACUUUUUAAUUUUCUUAUUAAAGCAAUAUAAAAAAUACAAUCAGAGUAUAUUAAUGAACGUUAAAGGCCAUUCACUUUGCUCUUAAGUAGAAUCAUAGAAGUUAACUGUUUUGUUUGUUUUCCAAAGAAAACUGUGUAUCUGUAUCUGAUUUAUUUUCACUGACAGCUGACAGAAGCAUAUUUUGUAUAUAUCUCUUUCAAAUAUAUUUUUAUAUUGGCUCUGUGAUGAAAUGUUUAAUCGCACAUAAUCAUUGGUGUCUUUGUGAACGCUUAUGAAAGAAUAAACAGAAGGUAGGGCUGUCAAUUUUCACACAAACUGAAACUUAACUUGAAAGAGUUAUUAAUAAACUUCCACUAAUUACUCCUUAAGCAGGUCUUUCUUGGUUGAGAAAUGUUUAAUAUGCGACCAUGUUGUCGCUCCACCUAAUAGUUAUUUGUCUCCGGGCAGAAAGAAUACAAAGCCUUACUAUAGAUGUCAGUGUUUGACAGGCAUGUAAAUCAUGGGUGUGUGUGUUGUGUUGAUCUUUGUUUAUUCAGGACGCCUCAUUAAAGAUUAAGAUGUGUUUUUCAA